AGAUAGUGCCAGAUCCUGAAAAGACGUCACAGGCUAUUGUUGUGCAACAUCACUUAUCACUUCUAAGUCUAUUGUAAUUUAUGCAAAUGAGUAAAUAAAGUUGGGCACGAAGCAGAACUGAGGCCACACUGAGACAAAGGACAGGAAAUGGAACAGGAUGGGGAUAUUCACCCUGGCACUGGAAUGGCAGACCUAUUGUGAUGAGAAAGGACGGCUUUGAGAGGCCACCAGUAGAGAAAACAAGUGUGCGUGUGUGUGUGUGUGUAUGUGUGCGUGUUUCAUGUUUGUGUGUGUAUGUUUGUGCGUGCAUGUGCAGGCCACAAGCACAGCGCAAUAGGCAAAGCGUGAAUGGGAGGUCUCAGGCAUUUACUGAUUUUCAUGUAGCAGUUUCAGCUGGAAACAAUCAAACAAAAAAGCAGAAGAGUUUUUCACUUCUCCUAAAGCAGCGGUCAAAGCUGGGACGUGAGGAUGAAUGCGAGUCAGCAGAACGCCUCCAUGCAAUGUAAGCUGGACAACAAGAUCAGUUCGGUUGUCUUCCCCUGCUUGUAUUCUGCCCUCUUCCUGGCUGCCAUCGUCCUCAACUGCUUGGCUGCCUGGAUCUUCUUCCAGAUCCGCAGCAGCUCCACAUUUGUGGUGUACCUGAAGAACGUAGUGGUGGCCGACCUGCUCAUGACCCUGAGUGUUCCUUUGAAGGUACUAACAGACGCUGGCAUAGGCUCAACAACACUGAGGGCCUUCUACUGCCGCUACACCGGCGUCCUCUUCUACACCACCAUGUACAUCAGCAUCCUGCUGCUGGGUCUCAUCAGCCUGGACCGUUACCUGAAAAUCGUGCGGCCCUUCGGAAAAUGCGCCCUGCAGCGGGUCGGUGUGGGUAAGGCGCUGUGCGCAGGGGUCUGGGUUGUCAUGGUGGCUUUCGCGCUACCUAAUGUGAUCCUGAGCAACCGUGAGUUUACUGUGGGUCGCAGCAAGAAGCUGAAAUGCAGCAGCAUGAAGAGUGAUCUGGGCCUGCGCUGGCACGAGGGAUUUAACUACUUUUGUCAGGUGGUGUUCUGGGGGACUCUAGUUGUAAUGGCUAUCUGCUACACCUUCAUCAGCAGGAAGGUAUACGAGUCUUACCGCGCCUCACGGAGCAGCUCUGGCACCGCCAGCAAACGCACCAAGUCCAAGGUAUUUGUCGUGGUGGGCGUGUUCUUUGUUUGUUUCGCUCCCUUCCACUUGGCCCGAGUGCCCUACACCCUCACUCAAACACGAGGCCCGUCCGCUCAUUGCUGGGAUCAGAAGAUGUACUUGGCAAAGGAGAUCACACUCUGGCUGUCAGCCACCAACAUUUGCCUGGACCCUCUCAUCUACGUCUUCCUGUGCCGAGUCUUCCGCAGGAAAUUAACAGCUACCCUCUGCCACAAGCCUUUAGCCAAUGGAGGGCUCGAGUCCCCUACAGAGACAUCGACCAAGCAGGAAAUGUCUCAUAUGGGUCAUUAUAACAAUGCUAAUGAGUUCCGCUCACAUUAACAUCAUCAUAUACAUGGAAGUCUGGUCACAAUACACUGGUUUGGAGUUGACUGGACCAAAUAACAUUAUGCCAGAACUUCGAGUCAUUUUAUAAAAUUAGAUUUAUACUGCACAUAACUGUAGCUGGUUGAAAUGUCUGUGAAUAGAUCUUAUAGCUGGGUUUGUUUUCCCACCAUGAGCUGUUUUUAUUUAAUCAUUUAUAGAACACAAUACACCAAUUUUACUCAGUUGAUGCGUAUUACUCGAGAAUACAAAAUUUACACUGAUUUAGACUCUAAUUAAUAUUCUUUCAUGAUAAAACCCUGGACUAAAGAUUUGUAUUCAAAAUUUCUGUAGGGGGAGACACGGUGGCUUAGUGGUUAACACGUUUGCCUCGCACCUGCAGGGUUAGGGGGUUUGAAUCCUGCUCCUGCCCUGUGUAUGUAGAGUUCGCAUGCUCUCGCCAUACUUUGGGGGUUUCUUCUGGGUACUCCAGUUUCUUCCCGCAGUCCAAAGACAUGCGUUGUAGGCUGAUUGUGUGUGAAUGAGUGUGUGUGUGCGAUUGUGCCCUGCGAUGCGUUGUCACCCCAUCCAGGGUGUACCCCGCUUUGUGCCCCAAGUUCCCAGAGAUAGGCUCCAGGUUUCCCGGCAAAAAUGUGUAGGAUAAGCGGUCUAGAAAAUAAAUGGAUGGAUCUAUGGAUGUUAUACGUAUGCAUUACGGGGCAGUGGUUAAGGCUCUGGGUUACUGCUCAGAAGGUUGGGGCUUCAAGCCCCAGCACUGCCAAGCUGCCACUGUUGGGCCCUUGAGCAAGGCCCUUAACCCUCUCUGCUCCAGGGGUGCUGUAUCAUGGCUGACCCCAGCUUCCUGGCAUGCUGGGGUAUGCAAAGAAAAUAAUUUCGCUGUGCUCUACUGUAUAUGUGACCAAUAAAGACUCAUUAUUACUCUGUCAGGACACACUGACCUACCAGUGUACAAAUACAUAGUCGCUAUUAGCAAUUGAUCUCACAUAUUGGCAAUUGACAACAUUUGAUUGAUUUCUUUGCCUAACGAUUUGGAAUUAAUAGACUGACGUCAUAGUUAAUAAGCUCACAUUGGCACCAUGUAAGAGAAAAUUAAUGUUAAGACCUAAUCAGCUUAUGGGGUUGAAAUAUCCACCAAAAUGUGAUGUCUAUUCAUGAACAUGAUCUCAAAGUGUUCUAUCUUUAAGCAAACAUGCUUUAAUUACUACAAGAUGGUUUCCUUCAGGGACAAAAAUAUCCAUAUACAGGCUCGGCAUAUACAUAUACAGGAAUUUCUGUUUGAUCUUAUAAGCUAUAAAUAUUUUUUCCUCAUUAUUUUUAAUGGCCUAAACUGAACUAUAGGAUAAUAUUAUUUAAAGCGACCUAUUAGCUCAGUCCUUUAGGAACUCAAAGUACUUUAUAUAUUUUUACUUAAACAUUUGAACUCUCAGAUUACUAGAGCAGGUAAGACAUGCAAACUGUAUUAAAGAUUUCUGGUAGUCGAUGUGUUGGGAAAGUGAUGCUAAAUCUGCUGUGACAAGUGUAUAAAUUAGCCUAAGUAGCAAUUUCUUGAAAGAAUUUUUGAACGUCAUCUGUUUUUGAGCAGCUUAACCCAUGUUGGGAUUUUUCUUUUCUCUUUUUUCAAUCUAAACUCAGUGGUUUUGGUUUCGUUGUUAGUUUGGUUCCUCAUGGCAUUAAUUUUUCUUGGUGCUUUAAAGACUCCGAUAUUACAAUAGAUAUUCAAUUUGAAAUUUGAGUCAAAAUGCUAACAGUCAUGUUUUAUUAUCCCAAAUUCUCUAAGAGUACAGCUGCCAUUUCUGGACCAAGCUUAUUUGUAAUAAUAAAAAUAGAGAUUUAUAUAAUAUUUCAUUAUUAUUAUUAAAUAUGUCUUGGAUACGUCUGUAAAUACCGUGCUUUGUUACUUUCACUUAAAAUUUUGUGAUUUCUUUGGAGCUCUUGAAUUUCAGCACUGAAAUUAGGAUAGCACUUUAUUUAAUAGUAACUUCAGUAUUUAAUGAGUCCAUAUGUAAUAAUUAGUGAUGUCUUGCACAUACUUUACAUGUUGAAUAAAGGCGAAAAAAUAA